GUGAUGACGUUAUAAAUAAACAACCAGCCUCGCAGCCUCACAGUCGUUCAUGACUACACAGCUGACAACCGCAGUGUGAAGUCAGUCGCUAUGGCUACCAGCAAGAGAAGCAUCCCGCGCGAGAGCGACGGGCUGCACGCGGAGAGUAAGCUCACGCGGGUGGAGGGGAAGCCCCGCCACGUGGCCGCGCUGAUCCUCGCGAGAGGCGGAAGUAAAGGGAUCCCCCUGAAGAACAUCAAGGUGCUGGCGGGGGUUCCGCUGCUGGGAUGGGUUCUGAGGGCGGCCAAGGACUCCGAGAAGUUCCAGAGUGUUUGGGUUUCGACUGACCAUGACGACAUCGAGAAGGUGGCAAAAGCCUAUGGCGCCGAGGUGCACCGCAGGAGUCCCGAAGUCUCCAAAGACUCUUCCUCUUCCUUGGACACCAUCAGAGAGUUUGUCAGGCUCCACCCAGAGAUAACUGUGGUGUGUCACAUCCAGGCUACUUCCCCGUGUCUCCACCCGUUCCAUUUGGCGGAGGCCGUGGAGAUGAUCACGGAAAAGGGCUUCGAUUCGGUCUUCUCCGUGGUCAGGUCUCACCAGUUUCGCUGGAAGGAGGUCAAGAAAGGAUCUGGUGAGAUUACCAAGCCCUUCAAUCUGGACCCGUCCAAACGUCCGCGCCGUCAGGACUGGGAUGGAGAGCUGUGUGAGAACGGAUCGUUUUACUGCAGCACUAUAAAGUCCCUGGACGAAACCGGAAAUACUCAGGGCAAUAAGGUGGUGUACUACGAGAUGCUGCCAGAGUACAGCGUGGACAUCGAUGUGGACAUCGACUGGCCUGUUGCAGAACAGAGGGUUCUCCGGUAUGGCUACUUCGGUCGGGCCACGCCAGAGGUGGUUCGCCUGAUGUUCUGCAACGUUUCCGGAUGUUUAACGGAAGGAAGGAUCUUCCUGUCCGUGUCCGGAGAGGAGAUGGUGUCUAUUAAUACCAGAGACACCAUGGGCAUCCGCAUGCUGCAGAAAGAAGAAAUGGAGGUCGUGCUGCUGACGUCCGACUUGGACCCCGUGUCCCAGUUGUUGGCUGACAAAUUGGCCAAGAGGACAGGCUGCAAGGUCAUGCAGGUGGGAGAGGAGCCGCUGAAUGAUCUGAAGCCGUUGGUGGAGCAGAAGAACCUGGGUUGGAAGGAUGUGGCAUACAUGGGUUGCGACAAACAGGAUGUCAACUGUCUGAACCUGGCGGGUUUAAGUGCAGUGCCGAGAGAUGCCCCGAAGGUCGCCAUUAAUGCUACGAAGUACACCUGCCACAAUGCUGGAGGAAUGGGAGCCGUGAGGGAGUUUGCUGAGCACAUCCUCCUUUUAAAAGAAAAAGCGAAGUCGCAGAUGGAGCAGCACCGCAUCAACCGCAACAACUUUUAAUUCUGAAUGUAAAUCAACAGAAAAGGCUUUAGGGGUGCAGUUAGUGCACAAAUGAUAGUAUCAAAUCUGAUUUUAGAGUUAGAAGUCAAAUUAUCAACCCUGUUUAUCAAGUCUCACUUUUGUUGUCUACAAGAAAUUUUGAUUAUUAUGCAUGCUCUUUAAGAACUUUUUCAGAAAAGGAUUAUUAGUCAUACUGUGAAAAUUACAUCAGAAUCAGGAGUCAUCCAAUUUUUCUUCUUCUUUCAAUUCCACCAAAUAUAUGCACCUAAAUAUUUGAAGAUAUUAUGUUAUGAAAAAUAAAUGUUUUUAUUUGUUAAUAUUAUAAACCAAGUUGAAUGUUGAAUGUUCUUCAAUCUGUGAGUUUUUUCUGUGCUCUUUAUACAUGUUGACAUCACAUCUUGGCAAAAACUGAUUGGCCGUGUCAUGUUGUGUGUAACCCAUUGUUUAUUUUUAAACAUGGCAGUGAAGAAAUAACCAUAAUGGGGACUUCCUAUUUCUCUACAAAUCAGGAAGUUAAACAGGAAAAUGCAACUACUACUUUAACUGGAUUUUAAAUUGUUUCUCAUCAUCAGCUAAUCUGUUUAUUUUCUGGAUGAAUCAAUGAACAGUUUAGAUAUUAAAAUGUCUUUAAAUAGUCAAAUAUGUCUUUCACAAUUUCCUCUAAAGCUCAAUAUGGAAAUAAUGAGCACAGUCACUGCAAGAAUAAUACGAUUGUUUUUAAUAAAUGAUCAGAAAAUCAA